AGGCGGGAGCAGCCACCGCUCCCCUGAUCCUAUCGCGGGCGGCGCAGGGCGGGCUGUGCCUUCCGUGGGACGGUGACGGGGGGCGGGAUGUGUCACCCAAAUACCAGAGGGUGAGUCGGCCGAACCAGCCGGGCAGGUCGGGCGGAGUAUAAGAGCGGGAGGGAGCGGCCAGCGGCAGAUGCCCAGAGACUGUCCCAGCUCGGAGCCGGAGCCCCGCGGAGUCCCCAGCGCCUGAUCCGCCCGCGUCCCGUCUGCGCUCCGCGUCCCCACCAUGGCCCGGGAGCCGGGCCUCGCGCUGCCGUCGCUCCCGCUGCCGCUGCUGCUGUUGCUGCUCCUGGCGGCGGCGACCGGCCCUGCGGCCGCGCAGGACAACUGCACGUGCGCCACCAAUAAGAUGACCCUGUGCCGCGCGGACGGCCCCGGCGGCCGCUGCCAGUGCCGCGCGCUGGGCUCGGGCUUCCCGGUGGACUGCUCCACGCUGACUUCCAAGUGCCUGCUGCUCAAGGCGCGCAUGAGCACCCCCAAGAGCGGCCGCGCGCUCGUGCGGCCCAGCGAGCACGCGCUCGUGGACAACGACGGCCUGUACGACCCCGACUGCGACCACGAGGGCCGCUUCAAGGCCCGCCAGUGCAACCAGACGUCGGUGUGCUGGUGCGUGAACUCGGUGGGCGUGCGCCGCACGGACAAGGGCGACCUGAGUCUGCGCUGCGACGAGCUGGUGCGCACCCACCACAUCCUCAUCGACUUGCGCCACCGCCCGGCCGCCCGCGCCUUCAACCAUUCGGACCUGGACGCCGAGCUGCGGCGGCUCUUCCGUGAGCGCUACCGGCUGCACCCCAGGUUCGUGGCGGCCGUGCACUACGAGCGGCCCACCAUCCAGAUCGAGCUCCGGCAGAACGCGUCCGAGAAGGCCCCCGGCGACGUGGACAUCGCCGACGCCGCCUACUACUUCGAGAGGGACGUCAAGGGCGAAUCGCUGUUCCCGGGUCGCGGCGGCCUCGACGUGCGCGUGCGCGGCGAGCCCCUCCUAGUGGAGCGGACGCUCAUCUACUACCUGGACGAGAAGCCCCCAGAGUUCUCCAUGAAGCGCCUCACGGCCGGCCUCAUCGCCGUCAUCGUGGUGGUCGUGGUGGCCCUCGUCGCCGGCGUGGCCGUCCUGGUGAUCACCAACCGGAGGAAGUCGGGGAAGUACAAGAAGGUGGAGGUCAAAGAACUGGGGGAGUUGAGAAAGGAACCGAGCUUGUAGGUACCGGCGGGGCAGGGGGGGGGGGUGUAGGGCGGGGUACCCAGACCAAAGUGAGCCAUGCUUCUUGACUCGUGGCCCAAAGGAGACAUUUCUCUUUUCCAAUUCCUGCCUCUCCCCACCCCAUCAAGUCUAAUAGAUUCUGGGCUCAGGGUCACCUCUUUCUGACUUCUGCCUUCAGAGAAAGCAUUUCUAAAAUUCCUUCCCUUUGGGUCCAACAAGGAACCUGGCUCGAAGAGUUAAAGUGUGGCGCAGGGUUCUAAGAACCACGUGUCUGUAUUACAGUCCAGCGUCGUUUGCAAUCGAUGUUGAAGGCUUAAAUGCGCUUAGGUAGGGGGAAGGGCGCUUUUACUGUUCUGGGUUAAGUUAUUCGAUUAGCUCCACUUGUGUCGUGGCCUUCCUGGUGAGAAGAGGAUUUCGCCAACUGAGCCCGCGUAGUGUCCUCAUUUGCUGUCGUUUGUAUUACCGACCACAUGUGCUUGUCACCGGGAAAGAAGCCUGUCUCAACUGCCUGAACACAUUUGAGAUGUCUUUUGAGGGCAGACUCUGCCCCCGAAACUCCGCGUCUGUGCUUCAGCCCGCCCUUAUUAUAGCUGAUAUUAGUAAUGUUUCUUUUGUAAAAUGUUUGUACAUAUUUUGUCGUUGAUAAUGUUAAUGUGAUUUUUUUUUAAACACAAAUGUAAUAAAAUAUGGAAAAGGCA